AACUCCUGCCUAAAUUGACUUCACUUGCCAAUGGUAGAGUUUGUACAAGCUGACAAACCGUUUCGGCAAGCAUGGAAGAUCUCAGUAUUUGCAUCAUAUCUUUAGUGAUAAUUGUGUUUGUCUUAUUCAUUAUUCGUAUAAUUACCUUAUCAAUGCGGAACGUUAUUUUGUCACGCCAACUAAAAAAUGAAGCCCGUCUGCACGCCCAAGGGAAUGGAAACAUAUGCUUACCGCCGAGCAGCACUGUUGGCACAGAUACAUCCAUGCCAAUCAGUGAUAAUCCACCCACAUACGAGAAUGCUAUGGCGAAUUACAUAGAUGCGAAGCAACAGCUACGUGCGAUGGAGGAGGGUGCUAUGGGUGGUGCCAUGGCAAUGACAGCUUCCACAACAACGAUCGAAACAUGUAUCACCGAAGUAGGUGCAAGUCCCACAGACUUGACCGUUAACUGCGCUAGUGCGGCAAACACAAGCAACGAAGCACCGAGACCAGCGCUCCAUUAGCAAAAGUGAAUUAAAUCUUUUAAGGGACGGCGUUUAUACCCUUUAUA